UGAAACCUAAUAAAACUUCCAGGGCUGAAUUAAAUUCCCAUUUUACAUUUCAUUGAAGAAAUAAAUAAAUAAUAAGAAACCACUUCCUAAAUCACAACUAAAACCCUUUCCUCUAAAUCCUUAAAGAUAGCAGAGCCGUUAUUUAUUUCUUCUCAUUUUCAUUUUGUUUCCAUUCACAGACUUUCAGCAACAAAACUAUAAUUCCAUGGCGAUGGCAGCUCUGUUCCACCGUGUGUCCAAAACCCAAAAAUUUAAUCUGUUUCAUAGGAUCAAUACAAGUUUUGCUGUUAUGUCAUCUCCAAUGCAGAGAACACCCAUUGGAGUUCCAUUCCAAGUGAGGUCAGUAGUGAUUCCAGCUGAUGGUGUUGCUGGUUUUGAUGAGAUGAUUGCCGGGACGCAUCGCAAGUACUACAUGUUAGGUGGAAAAGGAGGUGUUGGAAAAACAAGCUGUGCUGCUUCCCUGGCUGUAAAAUUUGCCAACCAUGGCCACCCUACAAUAGUGGUCUCAACUGAUCCUGCUCACUCCUUGAGUGACUCUUUUGCCCAGGAUUUAACAGGAGGUUCGCUUGUUCCUGUUCAGGGAGUCGAUUCCCCACUGUUUGCACUUGAGAUAAACCCUGAGAAAGCUAGACAAGAAUUCGACACUAUUAGUCAAAAGUCUGGCGGCAAUGGUGUCAAAGACUUAAUGGAUGGGAUGGGCCUUGGCAUGCUUGCGGACCAGCUUGCAGAAUUAAAACUAGGAGAGUUGAUGGAUACCCCUCCACCUGGUGUGAAUGAAGCUAUAGCAAUUUCCAAGGUUAUGAAUUUUGUUGAGUCCCAAGAAUAUAAUAAGUUCACUAGGAUAGUGUUUGACACUGCACCAACGGGUCAUACACUUCUGCUCCUAUCCCUGCCUGACUUCAUGGAUGCGUCUAUUGGAAAAAUGAUGAAGUUGAAAAAGAAGCUAGCUUCUGCAACUUCAGCAUUCAAGUCUAUGUUUGGUAAACAAGCAGAACAAGAUAAUUCUGAAAAUGUGAAGGACAAACUGGGGGAAUUGAGAGAGAGGAUGGCUAGAAUACGAGACCUUUUCCGUAACGCAAACACCACUGAGUUUGUUAUAGUAACAAUUCCAACGGUAAUGGCAGUAAAUGAGUCAUCGAGGUUGCAUGCAUCCUUGAGGAAGGAAACCGUUCCCGUUAGGAGGCUUGUUAUCAAUCAGGUUCUCCCUCCAUCUGCAUCAGGUUGCAAGUUCUGUGCAACGAAAAUAAAGGAUCAAAAACGUGCACUUGAAAUCAUCCAGAAUGAUCCAGAGCUCGGCAGUUUGAGAUUGAUCCAGGCACCCUUAGUUGAUGUGGAGAUAAGAGGUGUUCCAGCUCUUAAAUUUAUGGGUGAUAUGGUCUGGAGAUAAAUUCCUUCACUGGAAACCUUCAUCAUUAGGAUUACAAUCUCCGAUUUUGAGGGAAAUGCGCCCAGUGCAUAUAAGUCCAUUGAGAUUUGCCAAAAAUCAAACAGCAUAGGGUUAUUUUGACAUCAAUACAUUGCCUCUACAGAGAAAUUAAUGUUGUAGCUUGGAAAUGUAAGAUACACGAAAUCAAGUUUUUCUCUCCAAAAAGUAAAUCUUAGAGCUGGAAGUUGCCAUGGCUAGAACUCA